CCAGAGGAAAGCAUCGUGAACGGCCACACGCCCGACUUGUCCAUUGACCUAGAUCCUCCUUGUCUAAAGCUUGGCCAUGCUUGCUCGGUGCAUUUCCGACCUCACGAUGAAGAAACGGCAGAAGCGCCGACGAAAUGUGGCCAGUUAGUAGGUUAUGAUGGUCCACCAUGGCCCCCCGCAUAUAACAUAGAAGAGGUCAACCAUAACCCCACCAUACUGGCACAAAUCGUCGCAACGAAACGCAAUUUGUCCCAAGCACGUUUGAACACCAACGGAAUAUUUCCUUCACCUACGCGACCAUGGCUACCAGACCACAACACACUCGCACGGCCUCUACCAACCUGGGUAGCGGCGCUGGGCAACGCGCGCUUGAAGGAAGGGUGGGCAUCGUGACGGGAGCAUCGAGGGGUAUCGGCGUCGAGAUUGCCCGCGCUCUGGCCAGCAAAGGCUGCAACGUCGUCCUCAACUACACGUCGGACUCGUCGACGCAGACGGCUGAGGCUUUGGCAGCCGAGCUCGAAUCCGAAUAUGGCAUCAAGGCGAUCGCGGUGCAGGCCAGCAUGGGCUCAGAGACGGGCCCCAAGCACUUGGUAGAGGUGACCAAGAACCACUUCCAGCACCCGAAGACGGGCAAGUUCCAGCUAGACAUCCUCAUCAACAACGCGGGCGUGGCAGGCAACAACUUGGUGCAGAAUGUCGACUGCGACGACUUUGCAAGGCAAUUCAACAUCAACGUGCGGGGCCCGCUCCUGCUAGUACAAGCAGCCAUCCCGUACUUGCCCACGGAUCGCUCUGGGCGCAUCGUCAGCCUCUCGUCGGUCAGCGCGUCGCUGGGCUACAAGGGCCAGUCCAUCUACGGUGCAACCAAGGCGGCGCUUGAGAGCAUGACACGGACCUGGUCUCGCGAACUGGCGGAACGAUGCACGGUCAACGCCAUCAACCCAGGGCCCGUGGCCACAGACAUGUACUGGAGCAACGAUGAGUCGUUCAUCGCGCAGAACAAGCCAUUUAUUGAGAACACGCCCCUGGCCGCACCACGAAAGGGCAUCGACCCGGAGAGAAUCUACGAGGCAUCGCAGAACGCGGGAGGACGGCCGGCGUACAGCGAGGAGGUUGCGGGCGUGGUGGGCAUACUCUGCCUGCCCGAGGCUGGGUGGACGACUGGCAGCGUGAUUUGCGCGAAUGGUGGCAUGAAGUUUAGUACUUAGAGAAUAAGAGGAAGCCCUCUUGGAUAUCAGCUAGUACAUAUGCAUAGUAGUAGUACUGGGGCCUAUGAACAAAAGAGCAACAGUCAAAAUGGAAGCGCACCCUUUUUCUUACCUGGUCAAGACAGU